CAUCCUCGUCGCCGGCAGACAGUACCGGCGGCCAGGCACCGUAUCGACUCGAGUCGUCCUGUUUGCGCCGAGCCAAGCGUUUGCAGCAGCCCGCGGGCCGACCACUGCCCAUCGCCACAUAGCCGCCAUCCCUCGCGUCCUCGUUUGCUCGCGGCCUUGCGGAGACUGAACCGGCACGAUGCCUCACCAACCCGACCUCCCUCUGCGCUCCCACAAGCGGCCAAACGACCUCACAAUCAACACCACGCCCGUUCCUUCUUCCCCAUGGAAGCAGCCGUCCGGGUCCAGCAAGGGGAAACCGCCAUUGUCCAGCCGAUACUACAGGUCUGCCCCAACGUCUGCUCCGCCUCGCGGUCGAGAUUCGGACGAAUCGUUUCUCGACAAUGAGACUCCCAUAGACGUCAACAAGGAAAACGAGCCGUUCUACCGGCGGCAAGGCCAGACAGCCCAGCGUGACUCGCACGACCUGUCUCUGCCGUCCGAGCAGUUCACCCGCGAUUCCCUCGUGGGGAACAUGCUGUCGUCCCUUGACCAGUUCUCACUAGGGCAGAUACACACACCCACCAGGGGCAUGUUCGACGAGACGGAACGAUUCGGAUCACCACGGCGCGAGAACUACACACGGACAAUGGGCAGCACCAUAUCACGACCGCACAUGUCAAACGUGCCAAGCCACAGCUACUCAUAUAGUUCAGAUAUAGAAGGAGGCGACGAUCGUGCAUCUGGACAAUUCUCGCGAGGACGUCGCAGCGAUAGUGCGUCAACCUUUCAGAUGCCUACCGCCAGAUUGAACAGCAUGCGGGACCGCAGCCACCCUGGAACACCUUCGCACAGAGUGCUGCACUCGCGAGGUGGCAAGACCAGCAAAAGCAGCAGCUCCAACAGUAUCGAGGCUGGCUAUGCGCAAAUGUCGACGACGCAACGCUGGGCAAAUGGCAUUGGCGGCCGGGCGGCCAGUUUCGACUCUGGUCAGCAGAGGCCCCCGCUCGCAUCGCCGGCUCCAAGCGCUGCAGGCUGGAAUGCGGAGUACUCAAACACAUUUCUGGUGGAUGACUACGAAGCUGCGCCAACACCAAACGUUCCUGGCGGCCCACGCCGGUCGGCACUACCAAUAGCGCCAAUGGUCGCGCCACCAGCGCCCCCACCCCCUGAAUCGGACCCCAGAGCCAGCGACCGCGAUCGAAAGAAGGGAUCAAGGUCACGCAGCGGUACAGUCAAGAGCAGCGCCAGCAGAGCUGCAUCUUCCUCGAGAUACGGCUCAUCUCACCAACAAGCGAUGCCUCCCCCGCCAGUCCCCCCAAUUGACCUCGACUCGGCUCCAGCGCCGCAUGUCGGCUACGAGAAGUCCAAAGAUGCCAUCCCAUCAGGCACGGCCGCCGCCGCGCCGCCCAAGGAGAAGCGCGGCUUCUUCAGUCGAGUCUUUGGCUCGUCGCGCACACCAUCAGCGAGCAUCGACAGUCCACCGGCGCCGAAUGUUCAGCAGCCAUCAGCCGACAACCUCGACCGGGUCAAUAGCGACAGAUCCCAUCAAUCAGCCGCCGCCAAGGCUCAAUCGGCACCCCCCUCGAGAGACUCGCAUUACCCGCAGCCGACACAUGUAAUACAAAAGAAAUCAUCCUUCUUCCGGAGGAGGAAGAAGUCUUUCACCGAGCCGCCAAUGCCUACACCGCCUAUUCCGGUCAAUAUCGAUGUCUCCUUGUCAAGAGACACUGGCAUUGCGCUGCCAGAGCCGAGCCCAGUCAGCAGCCUUCGGCAGCUCAUGACUCCUUACCUAGACGCUGGUGUAUCGCACGGGGAACGACCAAUGGGUGCAUCAAGGACCGACUCUGAUCUUCAAGAUGAUGAUGAUGCUCGGCGUAGGGUCAGAGGUUUCUCACCAGAUUAUGAGCCCGAUCCGAAGGCUACGAUCCGUACCGUCAAAUCCCACUCCGCGCUCAAGACACGACACUCCAUGGUUUCUUUAGGCCGCAAGGCGAGCAGUGGUAUGCUCGAGACCCCGAGCCGCACGCCGCCAGAGGUGCCCAGAAAAUCUAGCGCCACCGGUGCAGCAGAUGCGACGUUCUUCAACGACAGCAGUGAUGAAGGCGAGGCUACUCCCGAAGCCAGGAGCAAGCGUUUGUCGCGGCAAAAGGACAGCAAGGGUUUACGACGAACGACAACAGACCCGGAAGUCGCCAAAGCUGAGCUUACACCUCGGCCAGUGCCCCCGAACAGCAUCAUAGUGAAUGAGCCCACGCUCCGAGGCAGCCUCAGCUUGCCACUAGAGGGCUCGAGUACGUCUCGUCGCCCAUCGACCUCCACAGACGCAUUGCCUCGUUCCAUGAGCAGCGUGCCCAGUCUCAGGAUUGACAGUGCGCUGCCAAGUCCAAAAAUCACUACUGGCGACCCUCUCGACGAACCAGAGGUGACAAUGGGCGAACCCACCGAGGACGAUCGGCAGAAGGCGCAAGGAAUCUUCGACGGUCUCGAGGAUUUCAUCUCCAAGGAGAAGGCUGCAUCGUGGAUGGGCGAGGAGGGUCUGUUGCGCCAACGUACGUUACGAGCUUACAUGCAGCUCUACAACUUUGAGAAUCUCAGUGUUCUGAGUGGUCUGCGCGAAAUUUGUGGACGUCUUGUCCUCCGUGGGGAGACCCAACAGGUCGAUCGUAUCCUGGUCGCGUUCUCCCAACGUUGGUGUGAAUGCAACCCGAACCAUGGGUUCAAGUCUCAAGACGUCAUCCACACCAUGUGCUAUUCGAUCAUGCUACUAAACACCGACCUCCAUCUCGCCGAUAUCGAGAAUAAGAUGACCCGCAGUCAGUUCAUCAAAAAUACGAUGACUACUAUCACACAGGCAGCCCUCGACUCAGCACCGAAUGCGUUUGAUCGUCGCAGUGUGGUGCAGGGCAAAGACGGCCUCCUCAGUCCGUCUGACCCUGAUGCUCGGCCGUCAACCGACCAGCCAACCAAGCAAAAUUGGAGAGCUUCUUUCCUGCCGCCGCGAUCAGAGUCGCAGAUGGGCAACUAUAAUGACUCCGCUGCCGACGUCGACGUCUGUGGUCCUCUGGUUAAGGCCCCAUUCGAGGGCACGAUGAAAGCGUGGGAGCUGCAAAUGGAGAUUGUCCUCAAGGACAUCUACGCUUCCAUUCGUGACGAGCGUCUGCCUCUCUUUGGCGCCGAGCAGCCCCCGACGCCACAAGCUCAGAGCCAGUCGCAAUCGACGCUGUCAGUCAUGGGCAUGCUGAAGCGCAGCCCAAGCGUGCUCAGCAAGGCGCCCUCAGAAAGCCAGGCUUCAGUCCGUGGAAGGAUCAAUGACCCGAAGCACAACACCACGGGCCGCUUCAGCUCCAAGAGCCGGUCACGACCGCGGCUACCCAACGGACUUUCAUCAAGCAGGACCAGUCUGGAAGACGGCAACUCCAUCUGGAGCCCAACGAUGUCUUCGGCGACGUGGAGUCGUUACUCCUUGGGCCGCACUCAGACCUCGGUGUCGAUGGGCUCUUUUGGCUCCAGCAUGCCGGGGGGCGAUUAUCAGCAGUCCAUCGGCUUCGCCAAUGCUCUUAGUCAAGCAAUCAUCCGUGACGACUUCCCGAUGGGAGCCAGUUCGCAGUCUGUCCUUAGCGAUGAGACUGGUGGCGCACAGCUCCUCGAGGACGAGACUCUUGAGCUUUGUGGCGCGCCCUGGAUGAAGGAGGGAAUGGUCACCCACAAGCACCACCUUGACGCCGCGGAUAAGAAGGCCAGGGAGCGCAACUGGACCGAGGUCUUUGCCGUUAUCCAGAAGGGCACCAUGAGCCUGUUCUCGUUUUCGACCAAGUCGGUCCGGCAGAAGAAUCGUAAGGGCAAUAAGCAGGCUGGUGCUGUGGUGGGUGGCGGCAACUGGCAAGACAACGCUACUAGCGUCGGCACCUUCUCACUGCGACAGACGCUGGCUACCGAGCUGCCGUCUCCUGGCUACUCCCCUACACGACCACAUGUGUGGGCUCUAAGUCUGCCCACGGGAGCUGUGCACCUGUUCCAGGUCGGCACGCCCGAGAUCGGCAAGGAGUUUGUCGUGACUGUCAACUACUGGAGUGCACGCAUGAGCACGCACCCUCUGGUGGGCGGCAUCAGCAAUAUCGAAUACGGCUGGAGCGACGCCAUCAUCAACACGGCGCUGAUCACAGACGUGGCCGAGGCCGCGAUGCCCCCACGCCCAGGCAGCGCAGCAGCGGGCAGGAGCAGCAUGCACUCGCGCCAGCACAGCCGGCAGAGCAGCCUGCGGUCAUCCUUUGAUGUUGGCUCGAGCUCCCGCGCCAAGCUGCCGGGCGACAAGGUCACCAUUACCGAGUGGGCGCCGCCGGCACAGUCGAUGCGGCCGAGCGCCAGCGGCGAGGCAGAGCAGCUCGAGACGCUGACGGCCUAUGUCAAGUCGAUAGAGGACGACCUGCAGCGGCACAACCAGCUCCGCUCGCCGAUGCUCUUGACCUUCACCCCGCGCGGCCAUAACUCGGCCAAGGCCAUGGCAAACUGGGAGCGCAAGAGCAGCUACCUGCUCCGCGAGAUUGUCAAGUUCCGGACCUACGUCGACGGGCUGCAGCAGGCCGAGCGGCGGCGCGCCGAGAUCUAUGCCGAGCGCGAGAACGCGCGCCGCGCCGCCCGCGGCGAGGACCUGAGCGACUCUGGGGGCGAGGAGGAGGAGGUCGAGAGCGAGGUUGACGAGUACGACGACGCGCAGGAGGAGCUGGGCAUGCGCUCGGACGAGGGUGAUACCACGAUCAGAGCUGCAUGAUGAGCAUGAGAGUCGGACAGCCGGAAGGAAGAGUGGUGGUGGUCAGAGAGCCACCACCCAACCCCCCAUCGGUGAUACCUGGUCUUCCUGGCUUUGUCUUUCAGUCUCGCCACGGACGACAUACACACUUGACUUUGUAAUUUUUUUUUUCUUCUCUUUUGCUCUCUGUUCCGCCAGGCCCUUAUUCACCGGCCUUUUUGCAUCACCCAGCGCCGUUAUUUGUCCUUUGUCCUUUGUUUUUGCUUUUUCUGCGAACACUUUGCUCUUUAUGGGACAGUUUAAUCAGGGCGGUUACUACUCUUUUAUUAUUAUUAGAACCCUCAUAAGCAUGCCGGAAAUGGGAAACAUGACCAGGAAAGACGUAUGUAUAGGUCGUUUUGUUUGAAAUCUGGAGUUAGGGGUUGGGGGAGGGGAAGGGGUUGUAUACGAUUACAUUAGCGACAUUGAGAAACAAGGAAUUAUUUGCUCGUCCG